CGGGGCGGCGCGCGCAGGCGCGGGGCAGCAGCGGCGGGAUGAGCGGCAGCGCCGACCCCGACCCCCCGGGCCCCGCCGGCCCCGGCCCCGCGCCGCCCGCCCCCGCCGCCCCCGCCGCCGACGGCAGCAAGCCCAGCCCGGCCGCCGGCGGCAGCGGCCUUCCCGGGGCGCCUCCGGGAGCGGUGGGCGGGGCGGCGCGGGGAGCCGAGGGCGGCGCGGCCGGCGGGAGGGGGCCCGUGCCCGUCUCCGCGGCCGUGGCCGCAGCCCCCCCUGAAGGGGCGAUGUCCAACGGGGUCUACGUGCCGGCCAGCGCGGCCAACGGGGACGUGAAGCCGGUGGUCUCCACCACGCCGCUGGUGGACUUCUUGAUGCAGCUGGAGGACUACACGCCCACGAUCCCAGAUGCUGUCACGGGAUAUUACCUCAACAGAGCAGGAUUCGAGGCCUCGGACCCGCGCAUCAUCCGCCUGAUCUCACUGGCUGCCCAGAAGUUCAUCUCGGACAUCGCCAACGACGCGCUGCAGCACUGCAAGAUGAAGGGCACGGCCUCGGGCAGCUCCCGCAGCAAGAGCAAGGAUAAGAAGUACACGCUGACCAUGGAGGACCUGACCCCGGCGCUCGCGGAAUACGGGAUCAACGUGAAGAAGCCACAUUACUUCACAUGAGGACUGGGGGUUGUCAUGGGGGACUUUGUUGGGGCCACUUCGGUGCCAUUAAACAGCUGGGUCGUUUUUUUGUUGGAUAAA